UUUAAAAGGAUAACCGACAAAACGAGUCGGUGAAUUUUCCUAUACACCGUUUUCAAAUUGAUUGGAGGUUUGAUUUUCUCAAUUCGAAAAUAUCGAACGAAUCGAGCAUGAAAGCUUCGUCUUCAUCGUCAUCUCCACCACCAACACCACCACCACAACCACCAUCGUCGUCUUCAUCUUCGUCUUCGAUAGAUUCGUACAUAGGAAGCUUCAUCAGUUUAACGUCCAAGUACGAGAUUCGGUACGAGGGCGUUCUUUACUACCUCAAUCCCCAAGAUUCCACCCUUGGCUUGCAGAACGUGAGGUCUUAUGGAACUGAGGGGCGAAAGAAAGAUGGUCCACAAAUUCCUCCGAGUGAUAAAGUGUAUGAGUACAUUCUGUUUCGUGGAAGUGACAUUAAGGAUUUGAUAGUGAAAUCUUCACCACCUGCUCAGAAGGAGGAGCUGAUACAGAAUGAUCCUGCAAUUAUACAGUCACACAGCUUGUUGGGCCCUUCAAGUUCAUCAAAAUCAGUUUCAGUUGGUGGUGGAUCUUCGAUGCAAUUCAGCUCUCACCAGGAACCUCCUACUUUAGCCAAUACGUCCUAUCCUGGCACAUUGCCAUCAAAUCAAUAUGAAAUGCCAGUGGGUCCUGGGGUUCCUCUGCAAGCAACUCAAAAUGCCAAUGCGGCAUCUUUGGCCAUGCCAAUGUUUUGGCCCGGAUAUAAUGGAACGUCAAGCAAUAGCCUUUAUGCUCCACAACAGCCUAAUCCAUUAGUGCCCAUGUCUUCUAGUACAACAUCAUUGCCUGGAACAGUGCAGAAUCUUCUACAGCCUUAUGUGACUCCAGCAUCUAUGGGAUUAACAUAUUCAUCAGGUGUUGCUGCUCCUCUAUCUUCACUUAGCACUUCUAAUCCUGUACAUUUAAAUAUUACACAUUCUCUUCCUCAAGAACAACAUCCUACUUCUUUCAUUAUGCCUUCCUCCUUGUCUGUGAAGACAUCUCCACCUUCUCAUCCUGCACUUCUGACUGCUAGUAGAUUAACCAUGUCUCCAUUUCCUUCAUCUUGUCAAGACGAGAAUGCUAUUGAAGCUGCAAUUGUUGGUAAAAUGGGUUCUGACUCAGUAACAGCCCUUUCUGGUCAGUCCUUGCCAUGCUCUGCUUCUUCUGUUGCAGAUUCCACAUUAGGCCCCUUGUUAAAGGUACCACCAACUUUGUUAACUCCAUAUCAGUUAUCACAGCCUAGGCCACCUCUUCUUUCUUCUGCACAGAACCCCUACCCUGAUCAGAAAGAUAUGCUUGCCCUUAAUUCAGCAUCCCCAAAUUUGUCGUCCUCAAUUACUACUACAGCAGUUCAACCGCCACUAUUGCCAUUGCCACACUCUGUCUCCGCACAACAGUUCACCGAGGAAUUUGAUUUUGAAGCCAUGAAUGAGAAGUUUAAAAAGGACGAAGUAUGGGGUUAUCUUGGAGGUACAAAGCAAAGGGAUGAAACAGAGGGAUUUGAGGACAAUGCAGUUGCUCAAAACUUGGGGCAUGAAGGGGGUUUUGGCUCGGCACCGAAGAUUGACCCCAAACCUGCAUAUAGUAAGGAUGAGUUCUUUGACACGAUAUCUUGUAAUUCACUUGCCCGUGGAGCAAGAAACGGACAGAAUAGGUUCUCAGAGCGAAUGAAGCAGGAUACUGAGACUUUUGGCAAUUUCCCCCAGAGACCUCAUCUUGGUUAUGGAGGCUAUGGAGCUGGACGAGGUGAGAACUAUCAUGGCUCAUAUAACAGGGGAAGGGGAUAUAACUACAAUGGAAGGGGCCGUGGUGGAUACUAUCGCAUAUGACAUUUGAAUUUUGAAUUCUCCAAAGGUGCAUGCUUGCUUGUGGUUCACAGUUAAAUACUGUUGCCCUUUGUUUCUUCAAGACAGCUAUUUGAGGAAUGAAUCUCAUCAGGAUCACUACUGUGGAAAUUUGUGAAGAUUCCGUCUUGAGUUUUUCUUGGUAGGAACCAUUAAAAUCACUAAUUAUGGCAGGCUCAUGGUUUUUUGGCUCAUGAGUCGGCCUUACUAGUUUACUUUUUAGAACAGAUGCUCGUAUGGGAAUUGUAUGUUGGAUCAGUUUUAAACUCCAACCCUCUCCCUUUCUUCUUUCUAUCUAAUGUCCUCAAGCAAACAUAAGGAAAUAUGUGAUACUAGUAUUAGUAUGCUUUGUUACUGUUAUUUUCGUAAUUGGGUUGCAAUACCUGGAUUGGUGCCUAUUGUAAAGUCCGAUGGCAGUCUGGAGUUUGGUGUAUUAUUGCCGGAAAUAUGCUUUAAUUGCUAAUAUCUGAUCUACUUUGCUCCUUGGAAAUCAAUAAGUUUCAUUACAUUUUACAUAGCA